GCAGGAAGAUGACGAAGCCAGCACUCCCUCGCCGCUCGCGCUCGGGGUCUUCCUUCCCGCCACGCCCACGACGCGAUGCCGUCCCCCGCGUCUUAUCUCCUCAUAAACCCCGCCAAGCCCUCCUCCUUCCGCCGCCUCCCGCCCCCGCCGCCGUCCCCGCGCCUACCCACCCGCCGGCUCCAUGUCUCCUGCGACGCGCCGCGGGGGAGUGGUAGGAGCGGCGGCGUUGGUGGGAGGCGGGAGACCAUCCCGGCCGGCGCCAGCAAAGCUAAGAAGCAGAUAGUCUUCUUCGACGCAGCGCCGCCGGUGUCGCAGCCGCAGCCGCAGCAGGGCGGGAGCGUCGUUGAGAAGGGGGAGAGCGAGAAACCGACCAAGGAAGGCAGCGGCAACGCGGCGCUGUCGUUGCUGAGGAGGGCGACGAAGAAGACGCUCGCGGCGCUGUCCAACCUCCCGCUUGCCAUCUCCGAGAUGUUUACCAUCGCCGCUCUCAUGGCCCUGGGCACGGUGAUUGACCAGGGAGAGGCGCCGAGCUACUACUUCGAGAAGUUCCCGGAGGACAACCCGGUGUUCGGCUUCAUCACGUGGAGGUGGAUCCUGACGCCCGGGUUCGACCACAUGUUCUCCUCGCCGGUCUUCCUCGGCCUUCUAGCGCUCCUCGCGGCGUCCCUCAUGGCCUGCACCUACACGACCCAAUUGCCCAUGGUAAAGGUUGCAAGAAGAUGGUCGUUCACGCAUUCAGGAGAAAGAAUCCGGAAGCAGGAGUUUGCGGACUCUCUUCCCCGAGCAUCCAUACAGGAUUUGGGAGUUAUCUUGAUGGGUGCCGGAUAUGAGGUAUUCACCAAGGGGCCUUCUUUGUAUGCCUUUAAAGGGCUGGCUGGUCGGUAUGCACCUAUCGGCGUGCAUUUAGCGAUGCUUUUCAUCAUGGCUGGAGCCACACUUAGUGCGACAGGAAGUUUCAAAGGCUCCGUCGAUGUGCCUCAAGGGCUGAAUUUUGUUAUAGGAGAUGUGAUGAAACCCAGAGGGGUCCUCUCUGUUGCGCCAGAUGUUUUCAAUACUGAAGUUCAUGUCAACCGGUUCUACAUGGAGUACUAUGAUAGUGGAGAGGUAUCGCAAUUUUAUAGCGAUCUUUCACUUUUCAACCUUGAUGGUAAAGAAGUGAUGAGGAAGACUAUCAAAGUGAAUGAUCCCCUGAGGUAUGGAGGAAUUACUAUCUACCAAACAGACUGGGGAUUUUCAGCAUUGCAAGUGAAGAAAAAUGGCGAAGGACCUUUCAAUUUGGCCAUGGCCCAGUUGAAGCUGAAUGGCGAUAAGAAGCUCUUUGGAACGUUCUUGCCACUUGAAGACUCGAACGCUUCAAACCCGAGUGUCAAAGGAAUAUCGAUGCUUGCUCGUGAUCUGCAGUCUAUUGUGCUGUAUGAUCAAGAUGGUAAGUUUGUAGGAGUUCGUCGGCCAAGCUCAAAACUCCCCAUUGAGAUCAAUGGUAAUGAAAUACUCAUUGAAGAUGCUAUUGGCAGUACUGGACUGGAUCUUAAGACUGAUCCAGGAGUUCCUAUUGUUUAUGCUGGAUUUGGUGCACUCAUGUUAACGACUUGCAUUAGCUAUCUUUCACACUCUCAGAUAUGGGCAUUGCAAGAUGGAAGUACAGUAGUUGUUGGAGGGAAGACAAAUCGAGCCAAGCUUGAAUUUUCUGAAGAGAUGAACCGGUUGCUUGAUAAAGUGCCAGAGUUGAUCGGUGCCAAUGAGAAUGUAGUAGAUAGCAAAUCGACUGCCACAUGAAAGCAUUUUUUUCUUCAGUUGAGAUUGCUGAAGACGCAGAUGGCGACUCAGGUGAACUGAAGCUUGAAUUCGCAGAAUGGUGCCUUCGAGAACAGAAAAUUUCAUACUGUCUUUCAGUAGAAGGUAGUACAUGCUGCAAUUGGACUCAGCACAGUGUCGAGUCAGAAGAUCGCUGUACAAGUUUCAUGCUCGUAAAGCCUUCUGUUGUUGCUGCUGCAAAGAAACUAAACUGAUAGCUUAUUGUAUUGCUAUAGAAAAAAGUGGAAAACUGUAACCUUGCUUCUGUAACUGAAUUUUUUUUGCGGAGCACGUUUCAAGAAUGCAAUAGGGAGUCAUUCAGAUUCACAUCA